AUGGCCGAGGGAAUCUUCAGUUCCAUGACUUCCAAGGGUCCUUACGCAUCCUUGAUAUUCAAUGUCGACUCUUGUGGGACUGCAGCCUAUCACACUGGAUCUUCCCCAGAUUCCCGUACUAUGGCCACUCUUAGAGAGAAUGGGAUUAGUGACUAUAAGCAUAAGGCUCGAAAGGUUUCUAUCAGUGAUUUCAAGAACUUUGAUUAUAUCUUUGCUAUGGAUAGUGAAAACCUUGAAGAUCUCUUAUCCUUAGGGAGGAGAACUGAGGGUAAAGCAAAAGUUAUGUUGUUUGGAGAAUAUGCUGGAGGUUCUAAGCCCGAGGAGGUUGAUGAUCCAUAUUACGGUGGGAAUGACGGGUUCAAGGCUGCUUAUGAACAGUGUACGAGGUUUUCUAAGAAUUUCUUAAAGGCUACUUUUCCCGAUGUUGAGAAGUAG